AUGGGAAAGAAACAUCGCGUGAUCGUCAUCGGGGCCGGCAUCAGUGGAUUGGCCUGUGCUCGAGAACUGAAAUAUCGAGGUCAUGAGGUUGUGGUGUUGGAAGCUCGUCAUCGGGUCGGUGGUCGACUCAAGGGAGAGGAAUUGCAAUUGAAGAAGGAAACCAAUUUCGACGACAACCACCAGCGUGACCAUGACGACAACAGCAGCAACAACAAAAAUAACGAUCAUUCCCUUUCUAUCAAUCGGCCACAACAUUCUCGAAAGCGCAGUCGAACUGAUGCUUCAGCAGCAGCAGCAGCAGCAGCAGCAGUAGUAGAGCCAAAGUCUGAUUCCACGACCACCACCAAGUCAAAGAACACCACAACCACGCCAUUGCACCCACCCAAUUCCGUCCACAUUGACGUGGGAGGAGCCUUGAUCCAUGGUGUGGAAAAUAAUCCCGUCUACAAGGUCGUGAAACAAAUGGGGAUUCCGCUUCAUCCGAUUUCGGACUACUGCUUGCUGUUGGAUGCCAAUGGAUGGCCCUUUGAUCCAAAGGAAGAUGAAAAGACUUCGACGCUAUUCAAUGAAUGUUUGGACGAAACUUUUGCUCGAAUUCAAACGAUACGGGGACAAACAGAGGAACAAGUCAUGGGGGAACAACAACCGACGCAAUCGGCGUCAGUUAGUAAGGACAAAACAAGGGGCGAACGAGCAGAAGAAUCGCCAUCCAAGAAGACUGGCCCAACAAGUUCUAGUGGACCUGCGACGAAAGUUUUUCCAGAUAACACGAGCAGCAACAACAAUGAUAGCGAACGCAACACAACCAGCGACAACUUUGGAGAACUAUUUGAUCAAGUAUGCUUUGAGAGGGGAUUGUACACCCAUAACAAGACCGAGUUACAAUCUAGUUCCUCUGCCAAAUCACCCUCUGCAUCUGCUUCUACUGCUAAUACAUUUCAACACAACAAUCCCUUGUGGGAAUGGCACAAGGCAAAUCUAGAAUUGCCUACGGGGGCGGACUUUCAUGAUUUGGGAUACUCCUGGAAUGAUGACGAGCCCUAUGGAUUUACUGGGCAUCAUGCAGCUAUUGAAUCUAGUUGGAAGUUUUGCAUGGAAAAACUGGCGGAAGGUUUAGAUGUGUGGUAUCAGUCACCCGUAUCCAAAAUUGAAACUGUUGCUUCCGAGUUUGAAAAGGUCAAGGAUGAGAACGGUGAUGAAGAGGAAGAAACCGAAGAGCAGAAGGAAAAUGUUGGGACAAAUACGGUGGAGGAGGAAAAGGAAGAAGAAACGUUGAUUGAUGAGAAUAAGCAAACGUCGGUAGCGAAGAAUCGUGCAAAAGUAGGCGAGGACACAGAUGAAAACGACGGAGAAGACAAGACCGAGGUUGACAAUUCUGUGAAUAAGAAAGCAACUGGAAAAAAGACCCCAAUCAGAUCGUCAAGAUCGCGAUCUGUGAAGAAAAAGUCCUUUCGUUCCGGUUCCCGUACGUCUCGCCGCAUUCAACGCCUCGAAUCCAACUUGCGACGUUCCUCAAGAUCCAAUAGGGGACAGAUCCAAACUCUUCAAAUCUUGGACCAUUCUUCAGUUUGUUAUGACGACCCCACCAAGUCUCUGGUGGAAACAGGUGGAAAGAAGGAGGAACCGAACGACAAAGGCAAACGAAAACGCAAGGGAAAAGAAAAUAGCAAACGGAACAACGAUAGCGAGAGUUCUGAAGACAUACCCGACGAAGACGAUAUCUUUGGGUCAAAGGUGCAAGCAACGCUUCAAGAUGGCACAGUUCUUCAAGCGAACGCUGUCGUUUGCACUCUUCCUCUGGGUAUUUUGAAGAUACCACCUCGCCGACCUGGUCACAUUCAGUUUGAACCUCCAUUGCCAGCUCCCAAACUAGAUGCUAUACAAAAACUGGGUUGUGGACUGCUAAACAAGUGUGCCAUGUCUUUUGACAGUGUCUUCUGGCAAGAUUCCGACUUCUUGGGCCUUGCAGGAAAAGAACAUUCCUAUUUGGUGCUAAAUGCGUGGAAGUAUGCUGGAGACAAGCCAGUUCUCAUUUUCAUGUUUGGUGGUGCUUUUGCGAAAGAAAUUGAAUCAUGGAAGGAUAACGAUAUCGUUCAAGAUUGUUUGGAUGUUCUGAAGAAGAUCUGCGGCAUAGAACAGGUGCCCGAUCCAAUAGACUGCUGCGUUACAAGAUGGGGUGAAGAAGAAUAUUCGAGAAUGUCGUUUACCUACAUACCACCUGGAGUUGAUGGGGGGCAAGAAUUGGCACGAGUUGGGGAUGCGAUCUACGAUCCUGCUCGGCCAGGAAAGCCAUUGAUCAUGUUUGCAGGGGAACACACCACUCCAUAUCAUCCAUCCACGAUGCAUGGUGCAUUUGCAUCUGGGGUUAGAGAGGCCUAUCGAUAUGAUCUUCAUCUGAAUCCACAGUUGAACAAUGACAUGCGAUUUGAGAACAAUGAAAUCAUGUACGUGCAUACAUUUCCAACACGUCGAGCCUACAAGAAACCCAAAGGUGCAGCUGCUGACAAGAUGAACGAGACAAACCUAAGCGUAGCAAAUUCCUCUUCGGGUGUAGUCAGAAGUCGGAGAAAGCGGUUUGCAGGUAUGGCGUUACGAAAACAACCUAAGCAAGCCGAUCUUUUCCUUCCGUCUACGGAGAUUCUGGGACUAGACAAAAAGGAAGAGGCGAAGACUCCUCCGUCGACACCAGUGGUUGCCUCUCGCCGGAGCCAAAGAUCUGUAUCGAACCGCAAGCGUCCACUCUCCUCGGAUAUUUCGCCCACAUCUGAGAAGAAGGAUGAUGUCGUCGUCAAGCGCGAACAAAUGGAUCAACUGAAUGCCUUGGAAGACCGAUUACUGUUACGAUCGCUUCACAGCUUUGGAACAAACACAACUCUGGUCCGAUCCAAGGUUGUUCCUGUUUGGGGAUCCAAGCGAAAGCGUAGUCUAGAUCAAAUUCGGAAACGUUGGCGCAACCUUGCAAGUACCGAUUCUCUCUCCAUGCCAGCUCCUCCCUCCAAGGCUUCCUGGAAAAGAUGGGUUGUGAAAGUGAUUGAUAAAAAACUAGAAAGAGAAAUGAACGAUGAUGACGUUGACAGCAAGACUGGGAACGAAGGCACUCGCCGCUCUGCGCGUGGAAGAGUCGUGUCCUCCGGAUAUUCAUGA